AUGAAGGCGAUUCAUAUGGAACAAAAAUACCAAGAAGCAGAUAAUAUAGUCACGUUCAAUCAUGUACUCGAUUUCAAGAUGGGACCAAGAGAAAUGAGAGCGAAAGGAGUGUUCUCGACGGUUUUUGAGAGCACCAUGUUGGAUUGGGACCUGAGUCUCCGCAAAGAACUCUUCUCCCGUCGGGAACCAUCGUCUCGUGAUUCCGUGUGGGCAAUCACUCUUGAAGGAAACGGAUUCCGUGAUCAUUACCCACCGAUUCGUCGUGUUGAUUUCAAGUUGAAUGUGAUAGAUUUCGAUGGAAGCGUUCAGGAGACACUGAAAUAUUUCAUCGACGGACAAAUGAUGACACAACAGAAUUUGAAUAAUCAGAGAAGACGAGGAGCCAUCAAUAAGAUGUACUCAACUCAGAACAACAAUUCCUUGUUUUUCGACAGAAAAUUGGCAAUGUUGAUGGAUGAGAUGAAGAAGAAAGAGUUGAGUUUGCAGCUGGAGACUCGGUUGGAAUUCAGGAAGACGGAUUUGAUGGAUGAGAAGUUUUUAGUGGGAGACGGAGCGCCUGGAGUGCCGGAGAAGUUGGACUACUUCUUUGAUGCGAUUACUAAUAGAUCCCGACAUGACAUAAAAUUGAAAACAUCGGAUGGAGGCCGUUUUCUGAUGACAAACAAAGAAAUCCUCUGCCUUGCUUCUUCAUAUUUCCGGCAAAAUCUCAAAGAACAAACCAUCGAGUAUACGGUAGCCAGAGCGGAUACGUUGGAGAGUAUUGAUAUUUGUUUGACCUACCUGGUAACUGGACGAUACAAAAAACCGAGAGAAAUGACACCGCGACUCGCAUUCGAAAUCAUUAGCUUGGCUAGACAAUGGAAAGUUUUCGAAGUGAAAAUUCUGCAGAAUUCACUCGAAAGGCACUGCUAUGAGGAGUUGAUAAAGAACCGCGAAGACUUUCUCUACGUUUGCAACCUUCUAAUCAUUGCGGAUGACUCUCAAUUCUCAAAUAUUGUGAACUGCUGUUUGGCCACUAUCAUCUCCUAUCAUUUCCAUCAAUUUAUGAAGACUUUUGUCAACGGGAACCACCCACUCAAAGAGCGCCUAACUCAACGUCGUGAAUUCCAGCGGCCCUCUUUGGCAAUGCAAGUCAAACGGUCGUUUGCUGCAUCGAUUGAAACGAAAAGCUUUAUUAAAUUUCUGCCCGCGUUGGGAGAGGAUUAG